AUGGUAGGGAAACAGUCAUCAGAAAAAGGAGCAAAGAAUGAAAUAAAAUGUUUCUUUAUUAGCAAAUUCGUGCUUAUCUGGCUUGCUUACCUAUUGGCUGACGCAGUUGCCAAUUAUGCUGUUGGUCUCAUCUCCAACAGCCAACGCAACCAAUCUGGCAAUCCUGACCAGCAAAGGCCCCAGGAGAGUAGUGAUCUUUUAGCAUUCUGGGCGCCCUUUCUCUUAGUACACCUUGGUGGCCCUGAUACCAUCACUGCUUUUGCUCUUGAAGAUAAUCAACUCUGGCUACGGCACUUGCUUUCCCUUGGUUUUCAAGCCGGAGCUGUUAUUUAUGUCUUCUUCCAGUCACUUCCCAAUAAAAAUCUAUGGAUCCCCACAGUACUCAUGUUUAUCGCUGGGAUCAUCAAGUACGUCGAGCGGACACGAGCUUUAUAUCUUGCAAGCUUGGACCAAUUUCGGGAUUCCAUGCUCAAAGACCCGGAUCCUGGACCAAAUUACGCCAAGCUUAUGGAGGAAUACGCUUCCAAGAAAGAGGCCAAACUUCCAACGAGAAUAAAUAUGACACCAGAGCCUGAUAAAGAAGCCAAGGCUUCUGAUAUUCCAACCAAGAAAGGUAAAUUGAAUCAUGUUGAAGUGGUGCAUUACGCUUAUAACUACUUCAAAAUAUUCAAAGGACUGGUAGUCGAUCUCAUCUUCAGCUUCCGUGAGCGUGAUGAAAGCCGUGACUUCUUCAAUUGGAGGACGGCGGAAGACGCUCUGAGGGUACUUGAGGUCGAACUCAACUUUAUGUAUGGUACUCUCUAUACCAAGGUGGAAGUUGUGCAUUCUGUUGUAGGAUAUAUUUUCCGAUUCCUAGCUUUUGGGCUGGUUUUAGCAACUCUUGGAAUCUUCUAUUUCCAAGUAAAGAAAGAUGACUUCCAUGGAGUUGAUAAGGGAAUCACCUACACCUUGCUCCUUGGUGCCAUUGCCUUGGAUGUAAUAGCCUUCUUCAUGCUCAUUUUCUCAGAUCGGACAAUUGCUUCUAUCAGGGACCCUGAAUUUCCACAUUCUUGGUCUUGGCCUAUAUAUUCUGUCUUCAGCUAUUUCCUUGCUCUCAAGAAGCUCAGGUGGAUCCAUUGUAAAUGUGAGAUAGUCAAGCAUAAUGUCUUGGCUACUCCUUCUUCUUUUCGAAGGUGGUCUGGAUCCGUCGCAGCACACAACUUAAUAAGGUAUUGCCUGAAAAGCAGUUCAACAAGAAUCCAUGAAUUCCCCAGUUCGUGUGAAAUCAUGUUUUCUUUGUUUGGAAUCUAUGCAAAAUAUGUCAACAUAAAAAAAUAUCUGUCUUUUAAGUGCGCAUUGUUGGUUAAAAUUGUCAACAAAACAACUAGCUUUUUAAGGUCUAUUAAAGAAAAUGUGAGCCAAUUUUUCAGCCCUGCUUUCGGAUUAAUCACUAAGCCCAUUGAGGAAACAGUGGAUGAGAUGAUGUAUGUGUCCCGUGAGCCCUUCACUAUGGAGCUAUGGGAAUUUAUCUUUCAUGAGCUAAAAAAUAAAUCUGAGUUUGCAGAUACUCCAGAAACUGCUAAGAGGAUAUCCUCGGCCAGAGGUGAUUGGGUUUUGACAGACACUGAUUCACAACAUGAUCGUAGCAAGUUACUGAAAUAUGUGAGUGAUGUUCAAUAUGAUGAGAGCCUUCUCUUGUGGCACAUUGCGACUGAUCUCUGCUACUACACUGAGAAGGAUGCAGAAAAAGAGAAAGCGAACUAUACACAUCAACAAUUCAGUAAGAUUCUGUCGGAUUACAUGUUGUAUCUUUUAGUUUUUCAGCCAACUAUGAUGUCUGCUGUGUCUGGUAUUGGAAAAAUAAGAUUUCGAGACACUUGUGCUGAGGCUAAAAGAUUCUUUAAGGAACGGAAAUUAAGACCAAAUCAAGACAAGCAGGCCUGUACACACAUUCUGUCUGUGAAUACGGAUGCUGGACCUGUGAAUGUGAAGGGAGACAGAAGCAAGUCUGUGUUUUUUGAAGCAAGUAUGUUAGCCAAAGAGCUAAAGAGGAUGGGAGAAGAGGGUGAGGACAAAUGGAAGUUAUUGAGCAGAGUGUGGGUGGAAUUAGUCUCGUAUGCAGCAAGUCAUUGCAGAGCAAGUACGCAUGCUCAACAGGUAAGUAAGGGUGGAGAGCUUAUUUCCUUUGUUUGGUUGCUGAUGGCUCACUUUGGUCUCGGGGAGCAGUUCCAGAUCAUCGAAGGACAUGCAAGAGCCAAAUUGAUUGUGGAAAAGUGAACAAAACUGAUUCAGCAAAUCCCUUUUUAAUUAUGCUUCGUCUUACUUCUAUCAACAAUAAUAAAUAUUUGUAAUGUAGUAGUGCAUGCUUUCCGAUGCUGAAGUAGCUGAAUUAUUGUGUUUGUCUUCUGGCUUUCAUUGUGUACUUCAUCACACGUUAUCUUAAUUUGCAAGAAAUAAAAGA